CUUACAACUAUUAUGACAGUGUCGAAAGAUAAUGUUGCCCGUGUGGGAGAAAAAGCGGCAAAAGAUGGAUUUCCGAGGAUCGUUAUUAUCAUUAUACUCGCUGAAUUCUGCGAACGGUUCUCUUAUUCAGGAAUGAAAGCGUUCCUUACGCUAUAUUUAAGAAGUAAGUUGGACUAUUCAGACGAAAGAGCCACAGAAAUCUAUCAUGUCUUCAGCACCUUUGUUUAUUUGUUUCCAAUUCUUGGUGGAAUUCUGGCUGAUAACUACCUCGGCAAAUUUAAGACCAUUUUAUACAUGAUGUUUAUAUAUGCUGCGGGAAAUUUAUUGGUGGCUGUGACUGCUAUUCCUUUUUUGGAGAUACCGAAAAGGCUCUACACUGUUAUUGGGCUUUUCCUCAUAACAUUGGGUACAGGCGGUAUUAAGCCCUGCGUCACUGCCUUUGGAGGUGACCAGUUCAUCCUACCGGAUCAGGAGAAACAACUGGCUCUGUACUUUAGUAUAUUAUAUUUCAAUCUUUGCACUGGAAGUUUGAUCGCUAAGACAGUGUCACCGAUAUUAAGAUCUGAAAUUCAUUGCUUCGGCGAUAAAGAUUGUUAUUCGUUAGCCUUCGGAGCUCCGGGGCUAGUCGUAUUUAUUUCGAUUGUUAUAUUCGUCAGUGCAAGGAAAAGUUACGUUAUGAAGACACCGGAAGGUGACAUGGUAAUCCGAUUCUUGAAGUGUAUUUCAUUGGGGGUUAAGAAUAAAAUAUUUGGUGGGAAACGUGAAGAUACACAUUGGUUGGACACAACGGAAACGAAGUAUGAAAAGAGGUUUAUACGAGAGGUUAAGAAAACUCUUUCGAUUCUCAUGCUCUUUAUGGCAUUACCCAUGUUUUGGGCUCUGUUAGAUCAGAUGGGUUCAAGAUGGACAUUGCAAGCGACUAAAAUGGACGGUCGCCUCGGAUUCAUUACAAUUAAGCCGGACCAAUUGCAAGUUUUCAGUCCGAUUUGCAUUCUUAUUUUUAUACCAUUAUCGCAGAAGUACAUAUAUCCGUUUUUGACGUCACGAUCAUUGCUUACAAAUCCACUUCAUAAGCUGACGUUAGGCGGAGUGUUGGCAGCAUUGGCCUUCGUUCUAUCCGGACUCGUAGAAAUUUAUAUCAAGACAACUUACCCUGUACUGCCCGAACCUGGAUUUUCACAACUCCGUAUAUAUAAUGGCAACCCUUGUUCAAUAUCAAUUCAAAAUGACCAGCAAAAUAUUAUGUACACUAUUCCAUCUCUUUCGCAUUUCACAAAUAAACAAAUGAAUGUGAAAAAUACGACGGAGGUUCGAUUCAGAUUUGACGGGAGUUGCAUCGAAACCAAAGAUGAAAUAUUUUCUUUGGAAGACAAUAUGGCUAUAUCGUUUUUUAUAUCUGGCAAUAAUAUUGAAAGGUUUAAAGAGAAUGUAGAUAAAAGCAAAUCGGGCUUGCCAAUUGUAAGAUUCUUAUUGUCGGAUAACGUCCAACCAAAGAACAUCACGCUUUUUAAUGAGAAACGUAAUGAAGUUGAGAUCUUAUUGGGGCCUGGUGUGGGCACACAGACGGAAGUGUUCAAUGCUGAAUAUUCUAUACGAGUUGGUGAUACUAUAGUUUCAAGUGGCAUCGAGCUAAAUAACGGCGGAGUUUACAAUUUGAUUAUGGACAAAGUCGGUGAUAAAUACGAAACAAACGUGAUAACAAUAACGCAACCCAACUCAAUAACAAUGGCGUGGUUAUUACCCCAGUUCCUCAUAAUAUCUGUAGCCGAGGUUUUGUUUGCGGUGACGGGUAACGAGUUCGCGUUCAAAGAGUCUCCUGAGAGUAUGAAAGCUGUGAUGUCGGCUGCCUGGCUGCUGACAGAGGCUGCGGGGAACGUCAUUAUCAUUAUUGUUACAAGGGUUUUUACUAAUUACAAACAGGAAACUCAAUCUUUUAUAUACACCGGUUUGAUGUGUAUAUCUAUACUGUUAUUCCACGUCAUGUCGAGUGGCUACAAGUUUGGUCCGUUAGAGGAGCAAGUCGGGAAGAAGGAACGAAGUAACAGCGAAGUGAAGUAUCAUCAAGUGAAAGAGGCCGAAGAAUGUUUUUAUCGUUAAACUAAUAGCGGUCUACCGUUAACAGAAUGUGAUAACUACAUAUGUUUGGCAUAAAUAUAUUUUUAUAAUUCACAAAAUCUAUUUUCCGCUACGCAAACUCUAAAUGACAUAAAUUGGAAAAAGGACGUCGCUUCGGCCAGACGAAUUUAUUUUAAUUAAACUCGCCUAAAUGACACGAAAAAUACUUUUGAUGUAAUUGUGUGAAACGAACUGCGAGAGAAAUAGUGGUGAUUAGUUUAGAGAUUAUCUUAAACUAUUAAUUAAAUGUUUACAUUGAAUUAAGGAGCAUUACGCGAACUUUGCUUAAAUAGAGUUAGAAUGACAAGUCUUCCGAGGUAUAAAAUAGUGUUAACUGGAGCUCGUUAACGAAAUAGUUAUACAAACUGAUUUUAUAUAAUACAAUAUUUAUAUGGUAUAUUAAAAUAUUAUUCUCAUUGGACUUAAGAAAAUAAAAAUAGAUAUAUUCUUAUUUUUUCUUUCCAGCGGAUUAGAUAAUUAAUUUGAUUUUUUGUUUCGCUCACGUCCUGGUGGGGCAUUUUUCUUAUAGUUUUUAAUUAAUUUUCGGUCUUUUGAAUACUUAUGAUUUUUAAUCGAUAUAUAUAAUCACGAUUUCAUGAUUAUUUUUCGUAGAAAUAUAUAUCAUAGAUAUUAUUUAUACAUACAAAUACAUGAAUACUCUCGAAUAAAAUUUAUUUAGUAAGGUGAUAUAUGUAUUGCACACAGAACACCUGAUAAAGACACCUCUUUGAGGUUCAUUUUCCGGUAAGCGAUCGUAAAUUGGACGGAAUGAUUCGAGAUCUUGAAAUUCCUUUUAAAAAUGUUGGAAUACUUUCUCCAAGUGGCAGGCUAUUUGUCAAUGACAAUUGCUCCACGAGAUUUAAUUCUGUUUUAUAAUCAAUUUAAACGAAUUCUCUUAUUUGAUAUUUCACAAGCAUUUCUAGGACUUAAUUUUGAAUAUAAUAUAUAUUUUUGCUUAUAUAUUGCUUGUUACGUAAAGAAUAAUGAGAAUGAUUGUAAAAUAAGGCAAACUAAAAUUAAUUUAAAUAACCAUUCAAAUAGAUAGUACUUUAAGUAAACAAUUGACAUAAAUUUUUUGAGUGACUUAUUGUAUAUAAAGUUAUUGUCUACUUAAAUUAUAACGUGUUUGAGUUAUAUUAUACUUUGAGUCUUGUACAGCCUGUAAAUGGUUAUUUUUUUUAAUACAAUAGGCCCUUAAGUAAAACAGUGAUUUAAAUACUAGUUUUAAUAUUAUCAUAAAAUAUAUGAUUAUCGACCCUCAGGACUGGUUUCAAAAACUCGAGUUUUCAUCUACCAAGAAGUAUCUAGAAAUUAAAGUUUUGUAAUCAAGGUCCGCAUUUAGCAGUAAUGAUAUAUUACGACUUUAAAUCAUGUAAAUAUUGAGGAAACUACAAACAUAGUCUCGGCCGAAUUCAUCACUAGUAGCUGCGGACUUGUGGGUGUCAUAAGGGUUAAAUGGGAGCGCAUUAUAGUAUGAAAAGUCAUUUCAAAUUGUUUUAGUUAUGCAAAUCGCUAGUCUUCAGGCCUUUGUAAUUUAUAAAAUGCUAUCCUUUUAACCACAACGUCAUUAUCAAGUAUAUAUCAUUGUACGUAUACCUACAGCCAGAUAAAAUUAGAUGUAUUACAAAUGACGUAACUAGUGAGGCUAUAAAUAAAGACUAACGAACUGUAUAGAGGAGUUCCCUUUGAUAUCACCAUAGUGGCUUACAUGAAUUUGAUUAUCUUGCGUAACAGACCAUUCAUCAAUUUACCAAACAUCUAUUUGGUCGAUCAAACAUAACGACACAAUUAUAUAUCGAUAGUUCAACAAAUAUAUUUACUGUAACAAUUAAGACGUGGUUCAAUUAAAGUAAUAGGAUAAAAUGGAUGUGCAUAGUAGUAACAACAUCUCAGAUUUUAUUAAUACACAUAUAAAAUGAAACAAUUUUUUUUAAUCGGGUAUAUUACGAGGAUUGAAUUGAAUUGAUGAAAAUGUGAAUUAUAAUAAUAUAAUCGCAAAGUUUUAUGAUAUUUUUUAAGGAAACGUCAAAUUAUACAUACAUAUAUAGAUAUUUAGCAAGUUAAAUUCCAAUUGUGAUUGCAGUCUAGUAGCUUUCGUUUAAAAUAUAGAAAAAAAAUUGGGUUCAGUUUCAUGUAACCACGAAACAAAUAACUUUUUGUGUUUGAAAUCACUAAGAAUUAAAAUUUUUAACCGAAAAUUUUCAUAAAAUUAUUUGUCGUUGGUAGAUGUAAUAUUAUUUUUAAUGAGUACAUGUGUCAUCCUACUUAGAUAAUUAUAAUGCUGUUCUGAUAGGUGUUUAUCGAGGGAGAGCUGUAAAUAUAAACUGGAUAAAAAUUCACAACAAAAAUUAAAACUUUUUUACUGACCUUAUUAACAUUCGAAAUGGAAUUAUAAAAUUAACUUACAGUAGACGAUUUAAUGUUGGGCUAAAC